AGGGAAGGCGGGCCUAGUGGGCCGGCGGGCGCCUGCGCCUUGUCGGCGGCCGGUGUGCCAGCGGAGCGGGCGGAUCCCCCACGACGGGGCCCGGGUGACGUGUCUGCGCUACAGAGCAGCCCAGCCCGGCUGUGCCGGCCUGGGUUGAGGGGAAGAGAGAAGAAAAGAGGAGGUGGCGGAAAGCGGGCCAGCGCCUCUCGAAGACUCUGCCUUGCGAGGCCCAGGCAGCGGCGGCGGCAGCUCCUCGGCUGAAAGAAAAAGCCCCGCCCGGCCUGCACCAUGUUCAAUGUGGAGAGCCUGGAGCGGGCCGAGCUCGGGGAGAGCUUGCUCACCUGGAUCCAGACAUUUAAUGUUGAAGCACCAUGCCAGACUGUGGAUGAUUUAACCAAUGGAGUCGUGAUGGCCCAAGUCCUGCAAAAGAUUGAUCCAACGUACUUUGAUGAAAACUGGUUAAACAGAAUCAAAACUGAAGUAGGGGACAACUGGAGACUAAAGGUGAGCAAUCUGAAGAAAAUUUUAAAAGGAAUUUUGGACUACAAUCAUGAGAUUUUGGGACAACAGAUCAAUGAUUUUAUCCUUCCUGAUGUCAACUUAAUUGGGGAGCAUUCAGAAGUUGCUGAGCUUGGAAGAAUGCUUCAACUUAUUUUGGGCUGUGCUGUAAACUGUGAACAAAAACAAGAGUAUAUCCAGACCAUCAUGAUGAUGGAGGAGUCUGUUCAACAUGUUGUCAUGACAGCCAUUCAGGAGUUGAUGAGUAAAGAAUCUCCAGUCUCUGCUGGAAAUGAUGCUUACGUUGAUCUUGACCGUCAGUUGAAGAAAACAACAGAAGAACUAAAUGAAGCCUUAGCAACCAAAGAAGAAAUUUCUCAGAGAUGCCAUGAACUUGAUAUGCAGGUUGCUACACUGCAAGAAGAGAAGAGUAGUUUGCUAGCAGAGAACCAGGUCUUGAUGGAACGCCUAAAUCAGUCUGAUUCUAUAGAAGAUCCCAAUAGCCCAGCGGGACGUAGACAUCUGCAGCUACAGACACAGUUAGAGCAACUCCAAGAGGAAACUUUCAGAUUAGAAGCAGCAAAGGAUGAUUAUCGAAUUCGUUGUGAAGAGUUGGAAAAGGAAAUUGCAGACUUGCGGCAACAAAAUGAAGAAUUAACAAAUCUGGCUGAAGAAGCUCAGUCUCUGAAGGACGAAAUGGAUGUAUUAAGGCAUUCAUCUGACAAAGUGGACAAGCUAGAAGGCCAGGUGGAAUCAUACAAAAAGAAGUUGGAAGAUCUUGGAGAUCUACGGCGGCAAGUGAAGCUCUUGGAGGAGAAGAACACAAUGUACAUGCAAAACACUGUCAGCUUAGAAGAAGAGUUGAGGAAAGCCAAUGCAGCCCGCAGUCAGCUGGAAACGUACAAGAGACAGGUAGUUGAACUCCAGAAUAGAUUGUCUGAAGAAUCCAAGAAAGCAGACAAAUUAGAAUUUGAGUACAAGAUGCUGAAAGAAAAAGUAGACAGUCUGCAAAAAGAAAAAGAUCGGUUAAGAACGGAGAGAGAUUCCCUGAAAGAAACCAUUGAAGAGAUUCGAUGUGUACAAGCACAAGAGGGGCAGCUUACUACUUCAGGAUUGUUGCCCCUGGGAGGUCAGGAAUCUUCUGACAGUUUAGCAGCUGAAAUUAGUACCCCUGAAAUCAAGGAAAAACUCAUUCGCCUUCAACAUGAAAACAAGAUACUAAAGUUGAACCAAGAAGGAUCUGAUAAUGAAAAAAUUGCCUUGUUACAGAGCCUUCUGGAUGAUGCUAAUCUCCGAAAGAAUGAAUUGGAGACUGAGAACAGGCUCGUAAAUCAGAGACUGCUUGAAGUACAAUCUCAGGUUGAAGAACUGCAGAAAUCCUUACAGGAGCAAGGUUUAAAAACAGAAGAUGCUAUUUCAGUCAUUCUGAAAAAGAAGCUUGAUGAACAUCUUGAAAAGCUGCAUGAAGCUAAUAAUGAGCUUCAGAAGAAGCGAGCUAUCAUUGAAGAGUUAGAGCCUCGAUAUAACAACAGUUCUCUCAAAAUAGAAGAAUUGCAGGAAGCUUUGCGUAAAAAAGAAGAAGAAAUGAAGCAAAUGGAGGAAAGAUACAAGAAAUACUUGGAAAAGGCUAAAAGUGUGAUCCGUACUUUAGAUCCCAAACAGAACCAAGGGUCGGCACCCGAGAUUCAGGCACUGAAGAAUCAGCUGCAAGAGCGUGAAAGGAUGUUCCAUUCUUUAGAGAAAGAAUACGAGAAAACGAAAACUCAAAGAGAUAUGGAGGAGAAAUACCUUGUCAGUGCCUGGUACAAUAUGGGUAUGGCUCUUCAUAAAAAAGCAGCAGAAGACAGACUUGCUACGACAGGUUCAGGACAGUCCUUCCUGGCUAGACAAAGGCAAGCCACCAGCACACGAAGAGCCUAUCCUGGCCAUGUCCAGCCAGCUACAGCAAGGUAGAAGAAGGCCCUGCCUUUUGAAUGGAAGCCAUCCUGGGAUCAGGGCCUACUUCUGUUACGAGUGACAGCAUUUCAGGAAACUUAGCCAGCAUCCUUUCUGUAUCUUUGUUCCUUGCGGUUGCUGUUAACUUCUCAUUUCAGGAAGGUGGUUGUUUUUUUCUUUUUUAAGAAAACACUUUCUCAAUGUUUUUAGUCUUACUUUCUGGAGUCUUCCCUUUGUCUUUUGAUGUGCCAAAAUGUUGGAAAAACACCUAGUGGAAUGUAAUAACGGAAUCUCCCCCUCUCUUCCCCUUGUUUACAUGGAAUUGUCCUGUCUCGCCUGAAAGCUGAUGAUGGCUAAGUAGCAAACCGAAAAUGUCCCGUUGGCAAAUGAUGUUGCCAUCCUUUCCAAGGCUACCACUGUAUAAAGGGAAUUACCUUUUCUUUCUCAAUCCAGUCUGAUCUGUUUAAAUUAUGUGAUGGAAUUUGCAAUGGUGUUGCAUAGAAUUAUUAUGAAAUGUGUUAGCAGCAAUAGUCAGAUGCUGGCAGAAGCUGUAACCUGGCUGCAAGUACCUGAUUGUGUGUGUUCAUGUCCUUCUGUUUAUCCUACUCUUGGCUUUAAUUUGGAGAGGCAAGCUGAUUUUUGUCCUUAUUUGCCCAUGUUCUUUUUUAUUUUCUUUUAGCAUCACUAAGGUUAAAAAUGCUUUGAUGUUCCUGUUCCAUUCUUGAUUAGUUCAAUCACAGUGCAAUACAGCAACCAUUCAUUGCAUGGCCAAUUGCUUUAAAGCUUUUCUCUCUGCACUCUAAUCAAGUGGAGCACCCAUCCUUUUCAUUGCCAUGUUAUCACAGUUCUCCACCUGCUUGGAAAUCCUAGGAGAUGGGACCAUAGUAGUAUUCUACUUACUGUGUGCCUUGAUCCUACAGAUGCCUAGUAUUCUACAUUGUUAAACCAUCAUGGAGAAAUUUUAUGAAGCAGUGAACUGUGCAGAACAGUGCCCUUCUGGUCCCCCAUAUAUCAUUUGACUCAAACGCCUCUGAGUCCCAGCCAACAUGGUCAGGGAUGAUGGGAGUUAUAGUUCAAAAACUUCCCCAUCCCUGGUGUAUCAGGGUUGAUUUUGAUUGGAUGUCUUUGGUGGAUGCUGUCUUCAAAUUGCCAUCUACCACUGAGGACUAUUUUUUAAUAGAUCAAUGAGGAGAGAGAGUCCAUUCAUUGCCCUACAGAUGGUACCACUGCCUUCAGGCUUGGUGAUUCUGACAUGAAAACUCGCUGACCUUUUGUGCCAAAUCUUCAUAUUUGCCUGUACUGUUAAUGGGUCUUUGUCAUGAAGGAAGGCUAGCAAUUCCCCUUCAGAUUCUGAUCCUUCCAGGUUUUGCGUUCUAGAUGUUGAGCCACUUGCACCCUUUUCAAAUUAAUGUGUGAGAAGUUUGGGGUUGCUCAAGAUGAGUAGUUCCAUGUGGAUCCGCCAUGGAAGUAGUUUAGAGGUUUUGUUGGAAAACUUCACCUUAAAAUAAAAAUUCAGUGUGUCUAAUGUUCAGCAGAGAACAACUUUUGUUGUGUAUCCUUCGAAAUGCAGACCAUAUUGACCUUUUCCUUUCGAGGAGAGGAAAGGAAUCAGAGAUGGCUUUAACUUGGAAGUCCACCUGGUUUUUAUGGUCACAUUUUCGGUAUAAAAUGUUUUUCUUCUCAUCAUUUUGUGCGAGAAUGCACAGUACAUCUUAAUUUUUAAAAAGGAAUAUUGCCUUUAUUCAGCACCACCCUAGUACAUAAAAGGAGCUCUUAAAUUUCAGCAAUGUGUAGAAUAAUAAUUAAAAUGCAGGGUGCGGUUGUUAGCCCUUUGUAGUAUGGUUUCAAUUUUAGAUGAAGUAAGCCAGGUAUUUCCCUCAGUAGGCAUAAAAGUAAAUAAAAAGAUCCUUCAAAGGAUCAUUCA